CUGAGGUGGGGGCGGGAAAGGGCGGGAGGCCGGGGUGUGGAAAGUGUGGCGGCCCCGCCCCGUCUCCUGGAACUGCCGCGGCCGCCACCGCCGCCGCUGCAGGAGACCGGCGCGAGGACGCAGGCGGAAAGCCCACCAUGGCAGACGAAAUUGAUUUCACUACUGGAGAUGCCGGGGCUUCCAGCACUUACCCUAUGCAGUGCUCAGCCCUGCGCAAAAACGGCUUCGUGGUGCUCAAAGGACGACCAUGCAAAAUAGUGGAGAUGUCAACUUCCAAAACUGGAAAGCACGGUCAUGCCAAGGUUCACCUUGUUGGCAUUGAUAUUUUUACUGGGAAAAAAUAUGAAGAUAUUUGCCCUUCUACUCACAACAUGGAUGUACCCAAUAUUAAGAGAAAUGAUUAUCAGCUAAUAUGCAUUCAGGACGGUUACCUCUCCCUGCUGACAGAAACUGGAGAAGUUCGUGAAGAUCUUAAAUUGCCAGAAGGUGAACUAGGCAAAGAAAUAGAAGGAAAGUACAAUGCAGGUGAAGAUGUACAGGUGUCUGUCAUGUGUGCAAUGAGUGAAGAAUAUGCUGUUGCCAUAAAGCCCUGCAAAUAAAUGGGAACGUCAAGCAUGAGCAAACUCUCGGGUCUGGACACACUGUGCAGAUCUAAAGUUUGCGUCUACAUAAUUGUCACCAAAGCUAUGGCCCUCAUAAGCAAGCAACCUCAUUUUUUUUAUUGUUUUGAAAUUGUGCUUUGUUAGUUUUGCAGGCAAUUUUUUUAAAUAGGAAUCUUUUCUAUAUCAUUCCUGUAGUUUCCAGUGUGAGAGUAAGAAACAGACAAGACGGUUGUAGCAAAUAAUGAUUCUGUCUGAACAAAUUAUUCCUGAAUUUUAACUAAAUGGUUAAUAAGCUGGGGUUUCAAUUCAAAUUAUGUAGCAUUAGUGGUACUGAAGUACCACAUUGAAGUUGAAAUGCUCUACAUUCAUUUCAGACUUGAUAUUCUAGAAUAUAUAGAGUCUGUGCAUUGGAAUUAUCACUAACUGAGCAAAUCCUUAAACAAAAGUCAUGUUCUCAGAGUCAGUUACCUUGGUGGCUAUGUGCAGCCAUGUGAAUUACCUCAGUCAUGGCAUUCUUUGCCAGACUGUUGGCAGACUUAAUGCAACCUGAUGUGAUUUGGUUUCUGCUUGGGACCACUGAGCUGUGGGGGGUGAAUAUGAGUAGGUCAGAUUACAAAGAAGGCACAAAAGCAACAAUGGAGGAGGCUGUUAUUUGAGACACUUGUAAGCAGCAUAAGCACUAGAAAGUGGAGUUUUGUGUGUGGGUGUACAUAUGCAUAUUCUUGUCCACCUGCCCUAGGGCCUGAAUUCAGGGCCUGGGGCACUCUUACUGAGGUGUGUGUUUGUAUGUUUGUUUGGCUUAAGGCUAGCACUCUACCUGUU